GAUCACGCGCACGCCAAACCAGAGAGAGAGAGAGAGAGAGAAAGAGAGAGGGGGGACUCGAUUCGAUUGUUGAAAUUACUGAGAGAAUUUGUCAUCGUUCAACGGUUUUGUGGUUGUCUCCACCGCGUGAACGCGGCCGUGGUCUCGCCGGAACAGUCAAUUGGACGAAUCGGCGAUAAGAGCGUUUGUUCCGGAAGGGGGCGACGUCGCUAGGGUUUCAGGUGAGAUGGUGAAUUCUCUGGUGGAGAGGGCGACGAGCGACAUGCUCAUCGGCCCCGAUUGGGCCAUGAACAUUGAGAUCUGUGACAUCUGCAAUCAUGACCCGACGCAAGCAAAAGAUAUUGUGAAAGGCAUUAAGAGACGACUUGGCAGUAAAAAUCCAAAAGCUCAGCUUCUUGCAUUAACUUUGUUGGAGACAAUUGUGAAGAAUUGUGGAGACAUUGUUCAUAUACAUGUUGCAGAAAAAGGUGUCCUUCAUGAGAUGGUGAAAAUUGUAAAGAAGAAGCCUGAUUUUCAUGUCAAAGAAAAGAUAUUGACCUUAAUAGAUACAUGGCAAGAAGCUUUUGGAGGAGCAAGGGCAAGGCAUCCACAAUAUUUUGCUGCAUACCAGGAAUUGUUGCGUUUGGGAGCAGUGUUUCCUCAGAGGUCUGAGAGGUCUGCACCUAUCUUAACCCCACCACAAUCCCAUCCUUUGGCUUCCUACCCUCAAAAUAUUCGUAACCCAGAUUCUAGAGAAAAUGCAGCCGAGUCUUCAGCAGAGGCUGAAUUUCCAACAUUGAGCUUGUCAGAAAUACAAAAUGCCCGAGGUAUCAUGGAUGUUCUUGCAGAAAUGCUUAGUGCUCUUGAUCCGGGUAAUAAAGAGGGGCUAAAGCAAGAGGUUAUUGUUGAUUUGGUGGAACAGUGCCGUACAUACAAGCAGAGGGUUGUUCACCUUGUAAACUCGACUUCGGAUGAGUCACUUUUAUGCCAAGGUCUAACACUGAAUGAUGACUUGCAACGAGUCCUUGCCAAACACGAAACCAUUGCGUCUGGAGCUUCUUCUUCUUCUUCUUCCCAAAAAGAUAAACAACACGCUCCACCUCUCUUGAAUGUUGAUGCUCCUCUUAUUGAUACCGGUGAAAGCAAGCAGACGGGCCAAGGUUCUUCCUCAAGUGCUAGUUUGGGGACACAGUUGCUGCUUCCUGCUCCUCCAGUAGCCAAUGGUCCAUCUACAACCCCGACUAAAGCUGGUCCUAAGAUUGAUCUUUUGAGUGGAGAUGAUUUCAGCUCAUCCCCUGCAGAGAAUCCAUUAGCACUUGUUCCCGUUGGUUCGGUAGAAUCUCAGCCUGCCAAUCAAGAUUCUCAGAGUAACGCUCUUGUUCUAGUUGAUAUGUUUUCAGAAAAUAGCACCCCACAGUCUACAUAUGCAGUUAGCCAAACACAUCCUUCAUCAUCAUCCCCUCAAUUCCCCCAGCAGCAGAAUACCCAAUCCCCUCAGCAAUCUUUUUACAGCAACGGAUCUGGAUCUGGAACAAUGUUUCCCCAACAGGAACACUCUCCAUACCCACAUGGAUCAAAUGCCACUUGGAAUGGCCAGAUGACGCAUCAGCAGCAGCCCACAUCUUCAGCUUAUGGUGCUGGUCAAACGGCGGCUGCAUUCCCACCUCCCCCUUGGGAGGCCGAGGCAACAAAUGAUGGCGAAAUGAAUGGCAGUCCACUCGCACAAUCCGCUGAAAAUUACAAUCAAGGCUACGGAGGAAGUCCACAAGCUCUACCUCCUCCACAAGCCAAUCAAUUUGCUGGCGGCAGUCCACAUGCCCUACAAAUGCAAGCCAAUCAGCUGGGAGGUAGCCCUCGGUCUCCUCAAAUGCAUCAAAACAAUCAAAUCUCUUAUGGUUUCCAAAACUACGCCCAACCCAUGGUAGGGGCGUUUCACCCUCAGCAGCAGCAUCAGCCAAUUCAAAGCGGGUCAUCAAUGGGUAUGUUUCCACAGCAAAUGCCUUCUGGCCAAAUGGCAUAUAAGUAUCCACAGCAAAUGUACAACAACCAAAUGGCUGCCGCGUAUGGAUAUGGUGGAUACGGUUAUGCCCAACAACAACCAAACAGUCAGUUUCUUGAGCAAAGAAUGACCGGGUUAUCGGUUAGGGAUGAUGGAGCAUUAAGAGGUGGGGCCUAUCAAGUGCCAACUCCCUCCUAUGUGCCACCAUCUGGGAAGCCUUCAAAGCCAGAAGACAAACUAUUCGGGGACCUUGUCGACAUAACCAAAUUUAAACCAGCAAAAGGCCCUACUUCUGGCAGACCUGGGAGCAUGUGAGUGUUUCUUCUGUAUUGGCUAUUUUUAUUUUUUCUAACAUUUUGCUAUUACAUACAGUAUGUUUAUUUCAUUGAUAUAUUUGGUUGUGCUUACUUUUUUUUCUUUUUCUAAACGUUGUUUCUCUUACCAUAUAUAUAUGAGAAUGCUUUUCUCAUUGAACAGUUGUGUACAUUUGCAGUAGGGUAGAGAAAUGAGAUCCCCAAGGAUGGAAAAAAAUAUAUGUUACAGCUUAUAGGGGUUCUUUCUUUGCUAGAAAUGAUGAAUGUGGAAAGUGUCUUCUGGCUCUAUAUUGACU